UGGAUAGAGAAGCAGUAUGAGUGCAAUCAUAAUAUGAUAGGAUAUGUCAAGACAAUGUUGGGCUAUUAUUUCAGCCAAUGAAUGCCAGAAUCGUUGAUUUUUGGUGUGAAACCCAAGCCUCAAACUCAAAUACAGUCGGUGGAGGAUUGAGUCGUGGGGUGGCAUCCUCUAACUCCGUCCUCACUUUCCAGAAAAAGCAACUCCUUUCUCAUAGUCGGUGGAGAUGAGAAGAAUAACGGGAAAGGCAAGGGAUGACAUUUUGAUCGAAAUGAAGAGCGCAAUGGACUCCCAGAUUGGAGAGGAAUGUAAUGGCCACAGUCUUAAUAACUUUGUAGAGGACGGAGGUACACAGCUACCUGGACACACAGAGACGGACAGACUACAGCAGAACAAAGACACCGUGUUCUUCAGGGACGGGGUUCGCAGGAUUGACUUCAUACUGUCGUACCUCGAUGACAAGGAUGGAGAGAAGAAGCAGGAGAGGAGGAGGGAGUUUGAGGCCAACCUUAAGAAGGCUGGACUGGAGCUUGAGACUGAGGACAAAUCGGACUCGGAUGAUCUGAAAACAUACUUCCUGAAGAUCCACGCCCCGUGGGAGGUGUUGGCCACCUACGCUGACGUGCUGAAGAUCAAGGUUCCCUUUAAGGAAAGCGACAUCCCCCACGGACAGGACGUUCCACUGGAGUGGCUCUCCCGACCGUUCCGCCUGCCAGGGAAGGUGAUGCGCCCACAGCCUGACUACUUCACCUCUCCAUUUGAUAAGGACAAGAUAGACUUCUUCCUCAUCAAAAACCAAGACACCUUCUUCCCCCCCUCCACACGCAACAGAAUAGUGUACUACAUCCUGUCUCGCUGUCCGUACCAUAAAGAGGACCGCAAGGAGACAGACAAGAAAGGUAUCAAGCGGUUGCUGAACAACGGGACCUACACCUCAGCCUUCCCACUUCAUGAUUGUCGAUACUGGGAGAGGAACACAAAUGAGCAGUGUGAGAGCGAACGCUACCACCUCUAUAAGAAUUGGGCUAGGUUCCUCUGUUUCUACAAGGAGCAGCCCCUCAACCUCAUCAGGAAGUAUUAUGGGGAGAAGAUUGGGAUCUACUUUGCCUGGCUGGGCUUCUACACAGAGAUGUUGUUCUUUGCUGCGGUCAUGGGCGUCAUAUGUUUUACCUAUGGUGUGCUAAGCUACGAUGACAAUUUAACAAGUAAGGAGAUCUGUGACCCCAGCAUUGGAGGGGGUAUUGUGAUGUGUCCGCUGUGUGAUAAGAAGUGUAGUUACUGGAAGCUCAACUCCACGUGCCUCUCAUCCUGGCAAUCCCAUCUGUUUGAUAACGAGGGGACCGUGUUCUUUGCCAUGUUUAUGGGGAUCUGGGUGACUCUGUUCCUGGAGUUCUGGAAGCGGCGCCAGGCCCAGUUGGAGUAUGAGUGGGACCUGGUGGAUUUCGAGGAGGAGCAGCAGCAGCUCCAGAUCCGCCCGGAGUUUGAGACCAAGUGCACUGACCAGAGACUCAACCGGAUCACCCAGGAAAUGGAGCCAUACCUACCCCUCCCCAAAAAGUGUGGUCGCUUUUGUCUCUCCGGGGUUACUGUUCUGUUCUGGAUGCUUCUGAUUGUGGCCUGUAUCACUGGGGUGAUAGUCUACAGGCUGGCUGUGUAUGCAGCCUUCGCCAGCAUCAUGAAGGACAGCCCCACUAAGAAGAUCCAUCUGGUGGGCUCUCUCAUCACCCCGCAGCUCGCUACCUCUGUCACCGCCUCCUUUAUCAACUUUGUCAUCAUUAUGAUCCUUAACUUCUUCUAUGAGCGAGUGGCCAUCUGGAUCACAGAUAUGGAAAUUCCCAAGACACAUCUGGAGUAUGAAAACAAGUUGACAAUGAAGAUGUUCCUCUUCCAGUUUGUCAACUACUAUUCUUCAUGUUUCUACGUGGCCUUCUUCAAGGGCAAGUUUGUGGGUUACCCAGGCAACUACACGUACAUGUUUGGCAAAUACAGCAGGCUGAGGAACGAGGAGUGUGACCCAGGAGGCUGUCUGAUUGAGCUGACCACCCAGCUGGUGAUUGUCAUGACAGGGAAGCAGGUGUGUGGGAACAUCCAGGAGGCCCUACUGCCGCUGCUGAGGAACUGGUGGUGCAGCAGGAAGGCCCGGAAAGACCAGUACAGCCGCUGGGAGCAGGACCACGACCUGCAGAACUUCAGCCAGCUGGGCCUGUUCUAUGAGUACCUGGAAAUGGUAAUCCAGUUUGGCUUCAUCACUCUGUUUGUGGCCUCUUUCCCCCUGGCCCCCCUGCUGGCCCUCUGUAACAACAUCCUGGAGGUCAGAGUGGACUCCUGGAAGUUCACCACCCAGUUCCGCCGGCCUGUGGCGGCCAAGGCCCACAACAUCGGAGCAUGGCAGGAGAUCCUCAAUGUGGUGGCCAUCUUGUCCGUUGUCACCAAUGCAUUCAUCAUGGCCUUUACUUCAGACAUGAUCCCCCGCCUGGUCUACCUGUAUGCCUACCACCCUGGCUCUGAAGCCACCAUGAGUGGCUACAUCAACAACAGCCUGUCAGUGUAUGACAUCUCCCAGAUCCCUCUCCUCAGUACACCCGAGGAGGGGGCGAUUCCUGCCUGGUUCAACAGCUCCUUCAUCACCACCUGCAGGUACCGUGACUACCGCUACCCUCCAGGCCACCAGAGGCAGUACUCCCACACUAUGCAAUUCUGGCACAUCCUGGCAGCCAAACUGGCCUUCAUCAUUAUCAUGGAGCACGUGGUGUUUGUGGUGAAGUUCUUUGUGGCCUGGCUGAUCCCGGAUGUGCCAUCCGAGGUGAAGGCUCGGAUCAAACGGGAACGUUACCUCAUCCAGGAAUACCUGCACAACUACGAGGUUGAGAAGCUCAAGAUCCAGCUGAGUCAGAGUUUUAUCAUUGAACCCAAACCUGGGGUCUGCACUGCCACCGACAAGCAUGACAUGUUAUCAGAGUGCCUGUAGGCCCCCAAUCAAUAAACUCACACCCACCAGGGUGUUGCUGUGAAGUCUCCUCCACUGAAGGCAAACAGAAGUACAGUGAAGGGCUUCUGUCAGUGGUUGCAAUCCUAUCAACUGUUUCUCUUUGUUUUGUUGUUUGUUCAUUUUCUAAUGAGCAGCUAGCAGAUUUCAACCUUUUCGCCUAUAUUAGGACUUUCAUUGGAGGAAGGGACGGAUUAAUAUGAUCGAUGGCCACAUCUCGUCCUCUUUUCUCAGCCUCCAAUGCUGUUGCAAUGCAAGCUCCUAUUGUUCAGCUUGCUUCAUAUCUUCUGUGCAAUGAUGUUUCUUGCAACUGUUUCAGUCAUUCAGUGCCAGUGUUGAUCGUGAUGGGAUAUUAUGGAAUCCUACAAAAGUAUGUGCCAACUUGUUAAAUGCUAUUGGGAUUCAUGAUAUUGUACCAGACAAUGUACAGCUUAUUGAAAAAAAUGUAAUCUAAUGCUCACCUUAUCUACAAUGUCAUAAUAUGUUACUAACAUAUCCAGCAAAGACUGCCAAAGAUAUCCCAUGGCUUUUAUCAGCAGCUAUCUAAUAAAUUACCUUUAAAGAAAUAUGCAUGUUUGAUAGAAUGUAACAUAUAAAAAUCUAAUUUAUUUGCCUUCAAAUGUUGGCAUGUUAUCUGCUUCAAUUUUGCUGUAGCUGGGCUACAUUGAAUGUGAUGUGUUUUCCUUGCGUUACUGACAUGUAUGAGAUCUUUUCAUGGGAGUCAAUGCAAAAACGGUCAAUUAAAGGCCCAAUGCAGCCGUUUGUAUAUCAAUAUCAAAUCAUUUCUGGGUAACAAUUAAGUACCGUUCCGUAAAAAUUGGCUAAAAUAGCUAAACAUUUUUUCAAGCAAGAAUUUUGCUAGGACUGUCUGGGAGUAGUCUGAGUGGGGAGGGGAAAACUCAAAACUAGCUGUUAUUGGCAGAGAGGUUUGGAACUUUAUUUGUAUCUGGUCUAUCAACCAAUUUACUACAUGGUGAUGUCACCAUGGAAAGCUGAAACUCCCAUCCAUGCAAACCUGAUGAUUAGGAGGUACUGUGUAUAUUGUAUGUUCAACCAGCAAAUAACUGAUCACAUUUCUUUCAUCAGCUGUUGUACAAUUGCGAUAUAAAACACAAGAAAAACAGCCUUUUGACUGCAGUGGCACUUUUAAAAAUGGCUUCUCUCAGCUGGGUAAUGCUAGAUAGAUGGUCCAAGACGGCAAUAGACCCAUACGUCUACUGUACAUACACUACCGUUCAAAAGUUUGGGGUCACUUAGAAAUGUCAUUGUUUUUUAAAGAAAAUCGUAUUUUUUGUCCAUUAAUAUAACAUCAAAUUGAUCAGAAAUACAGUGUAGACAUUGUUAAUGUUGUAAAAGACUACUGUAGCUGGAAAUGGCAGAUUUUUUAUGGAAUAUCUAUAUAGGUGUACAGAGGCCCAUUCUCAGCAACCAUCACUCCUGUAUUCCAAUGACACGUUGUGUUAGCUAAUCCAAGUGUAUCAUUUUAAAAGGCUAAUUGAUCAUUAGAAAACCCUUUUGCAAUUAUAUUAACACAGCUGAAAAAUGUUGUCCUGAUUAAAGAAGCAAUAAAACUGGCCUUCUUUAGACUAGUUGAGUAUCUGGAGCAUCAGCACUUGUGGGUUCGAUUACAAACUCAAAAGGGCCAGAAACAAAGCACUUUUUUCUGAAACUUGUCAGUCUAUUCUUGUUCUGAGAGAUGAAGGCUAUUCUAUGUGAGAAAUUGCCAAGAAACUGAAGAUCUCGUACAUAGCUGUGUACUACUCUCUUCACAAAACAGCGCAAACUAGCUCUAACCAGAAAAGAAAGAGGAGUGGGAGGCCCUGGUGCACAACUGAGCAAGAAGACAAGUACUUUAGAGUGUCUAAUUUGAGAAACAGAUGCCUCACAAGUCCUCAACUGGCAGCUUCAUUAAAUAGUACCCGCAAAACACCAGCCUCAACGUCAACAAUGAAUAGGCGACUCCGGGAAGCUGGAUUAGCUAACACAACGUGCCAUUGGAACACAGGAGUGAUGGUUGCUGAUAAUGGGCCUCUGUAUGCCUAUGUAGAUAUUCCAUUAAAAAUCAGCUGUUUCCAGCUACAAUAGUCAUUUGCAACAUUACCAAUGUCUACACUGUAUUUCUGAUCAAUUUGAUGUUAUUUUAAUGGACAAAAAAUGUUUUUUCUUUCAAAAACAAGGACAUUUCUAAGUGACCCCAAACGUUUGAACUGUAGUGUAUGUUUGGUCUGAUAGAGCCCUUUCCAGUGGAUAUAAUCUACACUCCAUUUGAAAUGUUUUGAAUGGCAUAUUAAGUCAUACCAGACAAAAUAUUAGCCCUGUUUUUGGGGUUGCAUUCCUCUUUCUUGUUUAGAUUUAUGGUGAGAUAUGCAACUGUAUAUAUGAUUUCUUCUGGUGUGGGAGGCAAAUGUGAUUUUGCCUGUGUUACUCGCACAGUCUGCUCUUUAUUUUCACACUUUUCAAACUCAUUGUAAGCAGGAAAAUCACCUUUCUCAGCCCUGUUAGUCAUUACUUACUUAAGUUAAGUUGAUCAUUCCUGUCUGCUUUUUCUGUCAUAUUCUGUGUCUGUACUCCGUAGCACAAUGGAUGGCCUUCUCUUUUUAAUUUUGUUUUAGCACAGAGCACUUAUAUGGGACUGAUUUGAUUUAGCCAAUGAGUCUUUCAGACGGAAAACUCCACUACAUUAUUACUGUUUAAUGUCAAUCAUUCCAACAUGCCUGGAUAGUCUCAUAUUAAAAAGAAAGUUGACUUUCAAAGCCAUUUUUAUGAAAUUCAACUUCAAAAGGGACUGUAGCUUAUUGAAUCGAUUUCAAGUUACUGUAAUGUGAUUUGUGCAAACAGAGGUGUUAGCUAUAGAGUAUAUAGACUCAGGGUAUGCAUCACAAUCUCUUGUGUCCCAUAGACAUUCAAUGGAAGGAAACAUGCAUAUUUUAACAACAUGAGUGAACUGUCCCUUUUACAGCAAUAAAUUCACACUAUUUUAUCACAGCCAGUAUACACAUGAAGAAUGUUGGGGUAUGUACAGUAGUUGCAACAUUAAUUUCAGUUACCAACCCAAUUAUUACUUAGAUUGUUGUACAGAUUACAUUUGUAAACUAUAGUUUACUCAAUGUAAGAUUAGGUAUUUCUGUCAUUUAUUGAUCCGAUUUGAUUCUGUAGGCUUUUUCUAGGUUCAUCUGUUUUGAACAAAUCUGUUUUGUAAAUGUUAAUAGCCUCUCAUGGUGAUGGUGGAAACUAUGCCAUUGGAUGAUUUGACUUGGUAUAACUUCUACUUCAAAGUCACGUGCUACAUCACUAUCUCAGGCUUGUCAAUAUUCCAGUGCUUGACUAACACCACUCUCAGCCAUACAGACACAAUCCCUUGGGAGACUCUUGACUCCUCAUGUCCUUCUUGCAUGCAGGGUGGAAGCCACAGUACAUGACCAGUAGAUCAAAGCCUUAAAUGUCUAUAUUUACUUUUUGGGAUGUUCUUCAAAAACAAUAACUUUCUAUUGUUCUUUUCCUAUGAUGUUUCACAACUCAUAUGUUUUCAAAUCAGUCUGUGUUGUCUAAAUAUGUUAUCUUGCUUGUUUUGCAUGAAAGGCUAUUGACCUUAUUAACAACAGUUUGAUAAUGUAAUUCCUUCAAAUAAAAUAUUUCAGGAUUUUAAA